AUGAGCCAGGUGCUGGUGGCGCCGUGCGGAGUCGGCGCCCCAGACGGGGAUUGCUACACGAAGGACGCGGAAGGCUACUUUGUUGACAACGACGGCAAGUUCCUGCACGCAAAGAGCCCCGACGGCUCCUCCAAGAAGCUCAUCGAGCUGCUGCCCGUCACUGACCUGGACGGGCUCUCCGACCGUGUCUGGCACUUCCGGAACGGGACGCGCGCCUACGCGGCGGCCCAAGACUUCUUCGACUGCCACGACGGAGACAGCCCCGGCUGGCAGGGGCUGCCGCUGAUGGGGUACCCGUCCCUCGGGCGCGAGACUCGAUCUACAUCCAUGUUUGGAGCCACCAUUUUUUACGACUUUCUCCGGGAUAACACUGACAUACCUUUCGCCGUCUUUUUGGCCUGGACGUUCAACCUCUCAAUGCUCUCGCUCGUCGGAUUCUGCUCCGACCUCGGCUUCUACCUCGCAAACUACUCCGCGGGCUGCCGCUUCGUCACCACGCGCUGCGGCGCCUACCCGACCCUCCCCCCGCCCGCCUUUGUCUACGACUCGCCGCCUGCAGAGUGGCCACCGCCAGUGCCUACAGACCCCGCCCUCUCCCUCUCCCUCUGCGCCGGGCCGGUCUUUUGGCGGAGCCAGGGCAGCGACGCUCAGACGACGAUCCUGCGCGACAAGUGCGCCGCCGGCGUCGACCCUUGCAGCUACUCGCCCAACGGCUACUCUGGCGGCCGCUGCAGCGUGCAGUGCUACACGGGCGGGGCGGUGAACCGGACCGACUGCACGCGCGAGCCCGCCGGCGCCGUCGUCACUGGAGGCUCGGGCGGCUAG